AUGAAGAUUAGAGCUGAAUACGGAACACCGCACAAAGAGGAGAAGGCGAACAUGUGCGAACACGAAACACCGCACAAAAAGGAGACCGAGAAUAUUGGCGAAUACGAAACACCGCACAAAGAGGAGAAGGAGAACAUGCGCGAAUACGAAGCACCACACAAAAAGGAGACCAAGAAAAAUGUCGAACACGAAACACCCCACAAGGAGGAAUACGAAAUUUUUUACAAACAGGAGACCAAGAAUAGCGUAGGAUACGAAACAACGCAAAAAGAGGAGGAGGAGAACAUGCGCGAAUACGAAACACCGCACAAAGGAGAACGAGAAUAG